UAAUAAACUCGUUUCUUUAUUUCGCUGCUUGAUGUAACAACAAUGUAAGUAUUUUGUACAGAUAUUAAAAUGUCGCCAGAGCUGGAAAAGUGCCCGAGAAACCUGCUGGUGUGCGAGAAAUCAAACUUCUUGAAUGAAAAGUCUCGGCAUGACAUCCACGUGUCGAAGCACAGCUUUAACUACAAGACCUCAGUGCUGAUUCCUGAAUGCGGGAUCCUGCCUGCUAACAUCAGCAGUGCCUUCAGCAGCUUCAGCCCUUAUUAUUUAGUGCGGGACCUGCCUGUAUAUGAACUGCUGGAAGAAACAUUUCUGGAGUCGCUCGUGAAGAAAGGACAUUUCUAUGCACUCUCUUACAACACCAAAAUUGAUGAAGAUAAUUCCAUUGCACUUCUUUCCAGUGGUCAGUUCAUUUUGUCUUUAAAUAAAGACACGUACGAGCAACUUGGCUUGGAGGGCCGACCAUCCCAGUAUAAUCACAGAAAGGCUCUGAGAUUUGUUGUGACUCUUGACCUCACGGAUAAAAGCUUGGCUCCAGGCACCAAACGAUACCAGCGGGUUCUGUCAUCUUUAAAAGACAGACUUCCACUCAAAUAUGACUUUCUUUUCACCAAGUACAACACAGGUUCUGAUGAAGACGAAGUUCUUCAUGCGCUGCUGUCCCGUUACACAUACAAGGAGCACAAGCCUGUUUUCAGCCAGCACAUCCUGAAAAAUAUUCAGUGUCCCACACUUUACCCAUCGGAUAUACAAGGAAAGACGCUGUCAUGUGACCCACAUCGUUUCUUGGAGUGGCUUGGAGCAGUUAAUCUGGAUAUUAAUUGUGAAAAUGCAGCUGACAGUUUCCUGUCUACAUAUGUGUGUCCCGAGCCUCAGAGCUCCAUCAGUCAGGCUGUGGUGUGCAGCGUCACUGGCUUCAUCUCACCUGAGAAUGUGUUUGUGCUGCUGCAGGAGCUCAGGAAGUAUUUCGAUGAACCGAAGUUCACACCAUGGCUUUCCCUCACAGUGCAUGGGUUUAUGGACAGUCCUGUGUCGUGGGGAACCUCAGAGCACGGCUUCCUCAAAGGUGGUGAAAACUUCUACAAUUUUGUUUGUUUCAAGAAUCAGGACUACUGGCUACACAUGGCCACCGGUGCUCAAGAUGCCUGUCCACCUUGAAACGAUGGGCUUUGUGUUCAAUUGUACAAUAUAAAAGUUAUUUUAUUAAAAUUCAUUUAAGAGGACCAAAGUAAAAUAAAAUAGUAUAUCAA